AUGAUUAUUGGAAAUAAGCCAUUAAAACUUGUAUCAUCUGAUGAAGAUUCUCAACAUGAAUAUAAACUUGGUCAAGUUAGUGGUCUGGCUGCAUCUGUUAAAAAUCCAAAUCGAUUAUUUGUUUUCCAUCGAGCAUCAAGAGAAUGGAAUAGAGAAUCAUUUCCUGAUGGUGUGAACUUUGAUAAGAAUAAAUUUGGUGUUAUACCCGAGAAUACAAUUCUUACAGUCAAUACUCGUACUGGUCAAAUAAUUGAUCAAUGGGGAAACAAUACAUUUUAUAUGCCUCAUGGUCUUUAUGUUGAUGCUGAAGAAAAUAUUUGGUUAACCGAUGUUGGAAUGCAUCAGGUAUUUAAAUAUUCGAAAGGUGAACGUCUAUUAACAUUAGGUGAAUCAUUUGUUGCUGGUGAUGAUUCAUCACAUUUUUGUAAACCAACUGAUGUUGUUACAUCAAAUGAUGGUUCACAUAUAUAUGUUGCUGAUGGAUAUUGUAAUGAUCGUAUUGUUAAAUUUGAUUCAAAAGGAAAUUUUGUAAAAGAAUAUUCAAUGCCUGAAAGAGAAAAAUCACUUAAUAUUCCACAUAGUAUUGUUAUUAUUGAAACACUUGAUCUUAUUUGUGUUGCUGAUAGAGAAAAUGGACGAAUUGUUUGUUUUGAUGAUGGAAAUGAUGAUGAUGAAACAAAUGAAUAUAAUCAAGGUCAAGUUAAAGCUAUUAUUGAUCAUCCAUUAAUGAGAACUGUUUAUGCUAUACAUUAUGAUUCAAAUAAACAUCGUCUUUAUGCAGUUAGUGGUAAAAAUGAAAAAAAUCGAGCAUUAGGUUUUACAUAUAGUGUUCAUCCAGAAUCUUUUGGUCAAUUGAUUGCUACUUGGGAACCAAAUGAUAAAUUCGGCGAACCACAUGAUUUGACAUUAAGUGUAAAUGGUCGUUCAUUAUUCGUUGGUGAAAUUCAUCCGAAUCGUAUUGAUUCGUUUGAUGUUCUCAAUUAA